AUGUCGGAGCUCGCGGCCGAGUUCGGCGCGCUGCAGCCUCUAGUCCCGCCGCUCGCCCUCGCGGUUUGCAUAGCGUGCGUCGCUGGCGCCGGGGCUCUCGCCAACUGCGCGCUUUUAGCCGGCCUGUUCAAGCGCUCAAGAAACGGCCUGGUUUCUAUACUCAUACAAUUAUCUAUAGCAGACUUAAUAUUGCUGGGAACUUCGAUUGCACCAGAGCUAUGGGCCUUCAACACAAGAACUUGGUAUUUUGGCAGGAGUGCUUGUAUAGCAUAUCGUGGGCUAAAUGUUGUCUCUACGACGGCAUCUUUAUAUUUAGUUGCUACAAUAGCUCUUCACGCGUUGGCUACUGUAGGCCUAGAAGAAAAAAUUACACAAAGUUCUAUGAAAAGGGAUGAUCGUAAUGAUGAUGAUGAAAUAAGGUCAUCACGACACAGCCUCGUCACUAGCGACACCUCAACUCCACCUCGAACCAUGAACGUAGAUUACCGUUUGACCGACACAAGAAUCCGAAUAGCUCCUCCAGUAGCUUUUGUAUGGGUGUUAUCUGCAUCGCUUAGCAUUCCGGAAUUUGUAUUGGCCACUACAGUCCAUUUUGACCACGAUGUAGUGCUAUGCACCCUUGUGGACACCACUCAUAGACUUAGUAUGCAUUCGUUACUUGCAGUUUUCAACUUGUUCUUACCCUUUAUGAUAAUGAGCACUGCCGCUAUUUUAAUAAUUAUCAAACUAAAGUCAAACAAAAGACGCUCUGAAUCUAGAGAGGGUGAGACACAUUCCGCGCUAAAAUUAUCACUGUUUUUAAUUUCUAUGUAUAUCAUUCUUUGCACCCCACGUUCUAUUGUUAUGGUGUACAGUUUGUACUCGACAUCAACAGCUGAUAAUGAAUAUGCUGUAGAGCAACCGAAUUACACUUUAGCUUUAGCUAAUUUGGCUUGCAGCUGUAUUUAUCUUGCUGCAAUUGUUGUGCGUCCCUUACUUUGUAUAACACUUCUUCCGUGUUUAAGAAAAACCUUUUUUGAUCGAAGAAAUUCCAACAUGAUUGAUAUUUAA